CAUUAAAAAUUUUACAAAACAAAAAUUGCCUACUAAUAUCAAUAACUCAUUUAAGAAGAAACAUAAAUAAAUAAAAAAUUAUGUAAUGUAGUUUUUAAUUUGUGAGGGUGACAUUUGUUUUUGAACCGAAGGAGUAAUUAUUUCCGAUUAUAGAAAUUGGGCGGGCGCAAUUGUAAGUUGUAACCCUCCCAUGCACGUUUUUGCGUUGAUUAGAAAAAAAAAAUCACACAUCUAUCGCCCCUUUUUUCUGCCACCACCUUCCUUCCACAAACAUUGCCCGUUCAACAAUUCCUCCCUUCAUCCCAUCCCCCCAAAGAAAAAAAACAGAGAAAUGAAAAUGAAUGAAUUGCAAAUCCCUGAAAGUUGAUGUUUUCACGAUCGUCAUCAUCAUCAUCAGAACAAUUAUUUCCUCCAUAGAUUGUGGAUUCCAUCGAUCUCUGUGCGUGUGGAUUGGAACUGGAUUCGAGGAGAUGAGAUGAGAUGACGACGCUGUUUUCCAAGCUUUUCUCCAGAAGGGUUUCAGAUCUCGAUUGGAGGUUUCUGCUCCUCCUCCUCCUCCUCCCCCUCUCCCUCCUCGUCUAUGCCUCUCUCCCCUCCGUUUCCUCCCCCUCCCUGGUCUCCAUCUUCGGCCGCUUCGAUUUCCGGCGGGCGGAGGAGGCGCGCGCGAGGGCGGCGGACGGGAACGAAUCGAGGAUAGCGGUAUGCUUGGUGGGCGGGGCCCGCAGGUUCGAGCUCACGGGGCCGUCGAUCAUCCGGAGGAUUCUCCAGGCGUAUCCCAGAUCUGACCUCUUCCUCCACUGCCCCCUCGAUUCCAACUCCUACAAGCUGUCGCUGCUCAGGGCCGCCCCCAGAAUCGCCGCCGUCAGAAUCUUCGAGCCCACUCACAUCAACGAGACCGAGUCACAAGCCAGGGUUCUCACUCCCCAGGACUCUCCCAACGGCAUUCAGGGGUUGUUGCAAUAUUUCAAUCUUGUUGAAGGCUGUCUCACCAUGAUCCGUGCUCACCAAACCAACAACGGCUUCACCUACGACUGGAUCGUCCGCACCAGAGUGGACGGCUAUUGGUCCGACCGCCUCCGUCCCAAACACUUCAUUCCGGGGCGGUACGUGGUCCCGCCAGGCUCGUCGUACGGCGGCUUGAACGACCGGAUCGGCAUCGGUGACUUCAACACUUCCGUGGUGGCUCUCUCCCGCCUCUCCCUCAUCCCCCAGCUCGACGAGGCCGGGUACGAGCAACUUAACUCUGAGAGGGCUUUCAAAGCCCAACUCACGACUCGAGAGGUCCCUUACCUGACCCACCGCCUCCCGUUCUGCGUCGUGACAGACCGCCAGUACCCUUUCCCUCCCGGCCCGAUGGGUGUCCCGGUGGCUUCCCUCUCCAGCCCGGGCCCGCUGAGCGGAGCAAAAUGCAGGCCGUGCACCCCGGCUUGCACGGGGGAGUGCAUCCCCCCGGUGAUGAGUCAGCUCAACAAAUACUGGAGCUGGACGAAUUGGGCGAACAACAGCAUCGAGCUGUGCGAUGCCCACGGGGAGUGGGAGGAAGAGUGGGAGACCAUUUUUGACGAGGUUGCCGGUAAGGAGCUGGCUGCCGCCCGCAAGCGGCUGAAGAGGCUGAGUAUCAAGCAAUGUUUGAAUGAUUUCAAAGCCAUGAGAUUGAAGUCAGCUUCUUGGCAGGCUCCUCCUGCGAGCCACAUGUGUCGCCUCGGCUUACAGUCUGCAGCUUAAUUAGCCUAGCUAAUUGUUUGUUUACAACCCAUAUUAUAUUAGGGGAACUUAAUAUUUGACUUGAAUUUUUGGUAAGAAAUAGGAAAUUACAUG